AUGACGAUCUCGAUGCUCAACAAGAACGCGCAAGCUGACUUUCCAGAGGACCCCAACUGGUGGCGCCAGGCGACUGUCUACCAGAUCUACCCUCGCUCGUUCAAGGAUGCGAACGGCGACGGCAUCGGCGACCUUGUCGGCAUCACGUCUGAGGUGCCCUACCUGAAGCAGCUCGGUGUCGACGCCAUCUGGCUGUCUCCCUUCUACCCUUCGGCGCUCAAGGACGGCGGCUACGACGUCGCCGACUACCGCGAUGUCGACCCCCGCAUCGGCACCCUCGCCGACUUUGACGACAUGAUGAAGGCCUGCAAGGACGCGGGCAUCAAGGUCAUUGUCGACAUUGUGCCGAACCACACCUCGGACGACCACGAGUGGUUCCAGGCCGCGCUCAAGGCCAAGCCCGGCUCUCCCGAGCGUGCCCGCUACAUCUUCCGCGACGGACUCGGGCCCAACAAGGAUCAGCCUCCCUCAGACUGGCGCGCCAUGUUUGGUGGCAGCAUGUGGACGCCCGUCGGCGACGGCCAGUUCUACCUGCACAUCUUUGACGAGUCGCAGCCCGACCUGAACUGGGAUAACCGUGAGGUGCGCGACGACUUCCUCAAGACGCUCCGCUUCUGGGGUGACCGUGGCGUGUCUGGUUUCCGUAUCGACGUCGCCCACGCCUGCGUCAAGCACAUGCCUGAGGGCGAGCCGCUCCUCUCCUGGGAGGAGAUCAAAACGCUGUCCGAGCAGAUGGUCGAGGGCACGCUGCCGCCCAACGCGCACCCGUAUUUUGACCGCGACGAGGUGUUCGACGUCUACCGCGAGUGGCGCAAGGUGUUCAACGAGUACAGCCCUCCCUUGACCGCUGUCGCUGAGGGAUGGGUCUCGUCCCGCCGCAAGCCGCUCUACGCCGCCAAGGACGGUCUCGGCCAGGCCUUCUCCUUCGACCUGCUCAUGAUCCCCUACGACGUUGCCAAGUACCGUGAGGUGAUCAAGAUUUCGCUCGAGGACGCCGAGACCUCUGGCUCGUCGUGCACGUGGGUGCUCUCGAACCACGACGUUGUGCGCCACGCCACCCGUCUCGCCCUCAAGGACGACGGAGGGUACCUCGAGACGUCGCGCAAGUUCCUGAUCAACAAGGGCGAGAACCCCAAGGUCGACCCUGCUGUCGGCCUCCGCCGCGCGACUGCCGCCACCAUGAUGAUGCUCGCCCUUCCCGGCUCGGCGUACAUCUACCAGGGCGAGGAGCUCGGCCUGCCCGAGGUCGUCACGAUGCCGGACGAGGAGAGGCAGGACCCGACCUUCUUCCGCUCGCCGGGCCACGACGUCGGCCGUGACGGAUGCCGCAUCUGUCUCCCCUGGAAGGCUGAGGGGAAGAACAUGGGCUUCGGCGACGGCGCCAAGGCCCACCUCCCGGCGCCCGAGUACUACAAGGAGCACGCCGUCGAUGUCGAGGACAAGGACCCCAACUCGACCCUCAACCUGUACCGCAAGGCGCUCGAGCUCCGCCAUGAGCUCCAGUGUGCUGAGAAGCUCGAGUGGAUCGACUCGGACAAGGAGGUCAUCCACUUCAAGCGCCCCAACGGAUGGGAGACCAUUGUCAACUUUGGCGAGAAGCCCGUCCCCGUCCCCGCUGGAAAAGUCGUGCUCUCCUCCCAGCCCAUCACCGACAGCGUUCCCCAGGACACGGCUGUCUGGCUCACCCCCGCUUAA